AUGCGUAGGACAAGCCAACAGAGAGAUCCAGCUUACAGCCCUUCUGGACGAAGAUACUCCCUGGAUCCAAGCUCUCCAGUACGGCGCUCAGAGCGUCUAGGGAAUGGAAGUCAAUCUUCAACGCCUUCUUUCGUACUACGCGCUACUACACCUGAUGCUAGGCAGCUUCACCAGGCAUUACGUGCCGCAUCUGAGAGCCCAAGCAAGGAAAGACGUGAUAUCAGAGCAAGAAGCAGUAUCCAUUCCAGCGUCACACCCUCACCUCCGGUUCAGCGAACAAUUUCCAGCACAUCUACCCCUGCAGCCCCCUCUCUCAACCCCGCCAUUACCACAGACAACGAAAAUCUAGAACAACAAACUGAUCGUGGUUUCUCAUUCUUUCGAUAUCCUCGUCUGCCAUCUAUUGGGUUUGGCAUGAAGGCUGCUUCUAUCGUACUGAGCUCCCCGCAAGGUGAAGAUUCUGCCUUCAACGACAAUGCAUCUGUAAUAUCCUGGCAGUUGGAACGGGAGUUGCAUCGGGAUAAUCUACAGCGAACAAAGCCAGAGCCAGAGAUAAGCUCAUAUGGACUUGGACCUAGAGAAGGACGCAAUAUUAGAAAACCUCCUCGGCGAUUAUCGGGACUUACAUGGACUAAUGAUACAACGCAUUCGGUGGAUAACAGCAAUACAACUAAUCAUUACGAUAAUGACGUGAAAGAUGACGAGGAGGAGGAGGAGGAGGAGGAGGACAAGGCGUCAGAGCUUUCUGCAGUAAGGACUGCUCCCGCAAGGACGGUAAUCUCAACAAAUGUUGUCCGAGACUCUGCGGACGAAAGUGUGGCCAAUAGUUCACGACCGCCAACUGCUGAUCAACCUGCCCCAGUCGAUAAACCUCGCCGACCGCUUCUGUUUGAAGAACAACAACAACAACACGAGAAAAUGAAAGAAACGCGAUGGCCUCUUUUCCUUGUCACGAUGACACUGUUUGUAACGAUCUUCGCAAUCACGACAUACUUUCUCACUGGUUAUCUGGGUUCCAACGACUUUUUCCCACAGCAACCAAAAAGUCCUUAUCCUACACUCAACGCGACAGAGGGCAAUAUAGUCUCUCAAAUAUCCAAAGAAAUGACACAACUCGCAAAUCAGAUAUCGGUUGUGUCUAGAGAUGUGCAUGUUCUAAGAUACGAAUAUCAACAUGGUGUUGGCCAAGACACGAUUGUGAAGCCAACACCCGACCUUGAACCACGAAUCAACUUUCUCUCGCCAGGUCUGGGUACGCGUGUCAAUCGAAAACUCACGAGUCCCAGCGUCGGCAUUCGAAGGACACUCCCACGACGUCUUUACGAAGGCCUAACGGGGAAAGGAUCACCACAACCAAACCCUCCUGAAACUGCAUUAGAAGCAUGGGAUGAUAUCGGCGAUUGCUGGUGCGGCGCACCCAGCAAAACCGGCCAGGGACAACUACAACUCGCUCUUGAGCUGGGUCAGCGUGCCGUACUCAACGAGGUUGUCGUCGAACAUAUUUCAGCGAGUGCAUCCCCAGAGCCAGGUGUUGCGCCCCGCGAGAUGGAAUUGUGGGCGCAAUUUAAACCCUUUCACGGCCAGCAGCCGGCGAAAGCAACCGAAACAGAGACGGCGAUCACUAAUGAAUCCAUCACCAAAAAGACCGGCUGGUUCGGUCUCUUUCAUUCCUCCACCUCUUCUUCCUCCUCCUCCUCCUCAACAUCAUCCAAACCAGCUGCCCCAUCCUCCCUCUCCUCAAUCCUAGGCUCAAUCCUCAAAACUCUCCACCAAGCAUACCCCUCCGAUCCCGAAACCGCAUACGCCAACGACAGGCUCUUAGGCCCUACAUAUUUCCGCCUCGGAGAAUGGGAAUACGAUCGAACGGGUAGCACAGUUCAACACUUUGCGCUAGAUGCGUUGAUUGAUUAUCCGAUGCUGAGGGUGGAUAAGGUUGUGGUGAGGGUCAAGUCCAAUUGGGGUGGAAAUCAUACGUGUUUGUACCGGGUUAAGGUGCAUGGACAUGCUUAG